CAAAGGAAUUAUUUCACUAAGUUUCUUCAAAGUUUUUUCAUCGUUUUUAAGCUUCUAAAAUUAAAAAUUAUGCAAAAACUAUUUUAAUUAUUUUUAAUUUAAAUCUUAAAAUAAAAAUUUAGAGACUGAAUAAAGGUCUUUCUGCAUCUUUAAUUAAGCUUUUUUUUAACUCAAAAUCUAAAAUGAAAGCUUACUUUUACUAGCUGGCAGACAAGAAAACAAACCAUUUUUAAUUUUAUAAUAAAACAUUUUAUUGCGAAAUCUUUUUAUCAUUUAUUUUAAUUUAAUUGAUUAAAAAAGAACGUAAGAGUUUUACUGUUUUCAGUGUUUUUUUGCCAAGAAGAACUGGCUUGGGAUCUGACAAAGAAGUGGACACAAAACUGCGAAGUAAAAUAAACUUCUAUAGAACUAGAAACGACCAACUGACUGAUAAUCUCCCAUCACUAAUCAGCCACCAUGAGCCAGGGCCAACUGUACACGACUGACUACUUACUGAUGGAGACCGACAAUGAAGCAGAUGACAACAACGGCAGUGGGGUUGAUGACGUUGACGAGGAUAACGAGCUACCUCCGACUGACAACAUCGUCAUCAUCGAUUCAGUUGACCGAGAUAAUUACUCUCGCUGGAACCAUCUAUCCGAUUUGGAUGAAUUCUUCACCAGGAUCUAUGCCUAUGUUCAGAGGCACGGAUUUCUGGCAAUGGCCCUUCAGGACAUCUUUCAGAUUAUUAUCUUAUGGUACGUCGUGAUAUUCCCGACAUUCAUCUGCGUCGGAGUCAACUACGACGUGCUCUUCCAGGACCACUUCAACAUCACGUACAAGGUCAUCAUCAAUGACGCCAUUCGACCUUGGAAGGAGGUCAAGGAAAGGUUCAACCCAUUUCUUAUCCUCUUCCUUAUAACAUCUUCCUUUUACCUGGUCUUCAAAACUUUCAAGGGUCUCUACAACAUUAGCAAAUACUGGGAGAUUAGGAGGUUUUUCACCUACGCUCUAGAAAUUCAGCCUAGUGAACUGGCAAACAAAAAGUGGCAUGAGGUUCAAACCCUCUUGAUGUUAGUUCAGCAAAAACUGCACAUGUGUGUUCACAAGAACGAACUUACUGAACUGGAUAUCUACCACAGAAUCCUUAGGUUCAAAAAUUACAUGGUUGCCCUGGUCAACAAAUCUGUCCUGCCAAUGAAAUUCAAUCUACCAUUCUGGGGUGAAAUUGUCUACUUCACAUCUGGACUGAAGUACAACUACGAAAUGAUCCUAUUCUGGGGUCCAGGAGCUCCGUUUGCAAAUAGCUGGCACCUUAGGAAAGAAUACAAAAGUUAUAACAAGAGGAAGGAGCUGGCCACCAUAUUGUCGAGGCGUAUAUUUAUAGCGGGAAUAAUUAACCUGCUACUAGCUCCUGUCAUAUUCGUCUGGACCCUGCUCUAUCUUGUUAUAUCACAUUUUGCUUUAUUCAGGACUGACCCUGGCCAAGUUAGCUUGCGUAGUUGGUCCCUGUAUGGCCGGCAAUACCUGAGGCAUUUUAACGAAUUGGAUCACGAUUUUAAUGCGAGGUUGAACCGAGGUUACAGGGCAGCAGUGAAGUACAUGGGCUUGUUCUGGUCUCCUGUCAUGGCUGCCAUUGCCCAAUUCAUAGUGGUUAUAUCCUCUGGUUUCCUCAUAUUCUUCGUGAUUUGCGCUGUGACAGACGAGGACACUCUGGCUGUUCAGGGCGUCAUAAAGAUCAUGACCCUCUUGGGCCUGGUUGUUUCCGUCGUUCGGCAUUUGAUUCCUGAUGAGAACAUGGUUCGCAACCCUGAAACCCUGAUGACCUUGAUACAAAGCCAGACGCAUUACAUGAAUGACUCGUGGAAAGGUCAGGCCCAUACUAGGAAGGUCAUGGACGAAUUCUCGCAACUCUUUCAAUACAAACUGGUGUACCUAAUCAACGAAAUGGUCAGCGCCAUCGUCUGCCCUUUCAUCCUCAUCUUCUCCCUCAGACCCAACUCCCUCCAGAUCGUUGACUUCCUUAGAAACUUCACCGUGACCCUGGAAGGCAUUGGCGACGUUUGCUCCUUUGCACAAAUGGACAUCAAAAAACACGGACAUCCAGAGUGGAACGCCCCAGGCAAUUUAGAGCUGGAGUCUCCAGAGAAUAAAACUCUGAGGGCGGAGUUUGGCAAGACCGAACUGUCACUCAUGAAUUUCAAGUUAACGAAUCCUGACUGGAAGGUUCCUGAUUUCGAAAAUGCGUUCAUCAACAACAUCAGGCAGAAUGUGAACUCGAUGCGUCGGGAGCGGGGUUUGUUGACGGGUGUCCAUGUGCUGGAGGACGAGGAUCCCAUGAUGACGUCAUCGCAAGCUCUCUCGGCGGUCGGCCAGCCUAACGGGUUUCAGAGCGUCAUGUUGAGCAGUAUAGCGCCGGCCAGUGAGUACAGCAGCAUGUUCGUGACGGACGGCGGCUUCUCCCACCACCACGUGCGACCCACCGACCUUCAUCUGCCCGUCACGUUGAACUCUCAAGGUCAAGGUCAACAGCUGCAGAGAAAUCAGCUAAGUGGUAGGGAUCUGUUCUCCUCGAACGUCAUCGCGAGCGGGGCGGGUGUUUCCGGUGCUGAUGGCGUUAGUGGGGGUGGU